AAUGGAUAGAAAAAUUGGAUGAAGAAAUGAGAGAAUCAAACUGUCACAUUUUACUUAUCCUUAAUGGUGCCCCCUCACAUAUUACUGGUUCCCUCAACUUGACUAAUAUAAAAGUACUUAUGUUACCUCCACAUGCAACAUCAAAAAUCCAACCCAUGGAUGCCGGUAUAAUUGCAUCAUUUAAACUUCAUUAUCGUUAUUUACAACUUCAACAUGCAAUUGAUCAUGACGAAGACAGGGAGAAAGACAUAUAUAAACAGCAAAUAGACAUAUUACCUGUUCGGAAUCCACUAUCAAUUGAAGAUUUACUAAACCUUAAAGAAGAACGAGAAGCACACCACCAGUUUACCGAUGAAGAUCUGAUCCAAGCUAUGACGGAAGUCGAACAGGUAGAAAAGGAAUUCGUAAUACCAAGCUUAACUGGAGAAGAGCAAUUGAAUAUUUUGCAUA